AUGUUCAAGGACUUGGCCAAACCAGGUAAAUCUAAAAAAGGUUAAAAGGUUAUUAGCACUUUGACUAAUUUUGACACUGAUAAUGAUUUAUCUUAUGCCUCUCCAAGGUAUCUAACCUCAAGAGCAAUACCAAAUCAAGAGUAUUUUGCAGAAGCUGAUCUUAACAGAAACAUUACCACUAGAUCAUCAAAAGUUCUAAGUUAGAUUGAUGAAUAAGAUUUACAAAUAUAGUAAAAUGCUAAAAAAUUAGAGUAUUUUAAAAACCAUUUAAAGCUAGAUUUGAAUAGACUGCCUACUUAAAGCAGUUUGAAAACAGCUUCUUCCUUUUCUAAUAGAAAUCUCAAAUCAACCACCUAGUCAUAGUUUUUUAAUAAUUCAAUUCAGAAGCAAGAUAAGGCGUUAGAGAACAAAUUGAUCACUAAUUAAUUAAAUACACACAAUAGUUUGCUAUCAGAGGAGGCAAAAGAUUAAUAAAGUGAGGAAGAUGAAGUUUUUGGUAAUUACAACUAAAGUACAAGCUAAGAGUGUGUUCACAAUUUGAAAAUAAGAAAAUCUGCUCCUCAUAUAUAAUUAGAAAAUAGUGAUUAAGUUUUUGUUUAGUUUUUGGGAAAUGUUUCCAGAAAAUAAUAAUAAAUUACGAAGCUUAUUCAUGCAAAACCUAAAACAACAAAGGAUAAAAUGAGAGAGUAACUUGAAAAAAUAAAUGCCGCACAAGAAGAAAUUAGCUAAAUUACAAGUCAAAAUUCUCUUAUUUCCAAAAACAAUUCACCAAUACCUACUCAACAAAGUGAAUUCAAUAAUAAUAAUAAUAAUAAUAUUUAGAAAAAAAUAAAAUCAAAUUCAGAAUUAGUUACUAUUAUGAAAUCUAACUUUGAAAAAAAUUUACAAGAAGAAAGAUCUUAUUCUGUGAUAGAUAGCAGUAACAUUUAGUCGCCUGAAUAUUUUAAUGCUAAGUUAAGCAAGAAAAGCUUAUUUGAUUUAAGAAUACCACAAAGUAAAUGGAAAUAGUUUUAAACUAUCUAAUCAAAUGAAAAUACUCCAAUUGCAGAAAAACUUCAAAAAUUAAUCCCAAAAGAUGAUACUAACCGCAGCUCAUUUUCUUCUUUAGCUUCCUUCACUUAAAGAACUUUAACAACUCCAAACAAACUGAAUAACCACCCAAAUAAAUCCAUUUUCUAAAACUAUUUCCAAACAGAACCUUUGAAUAAUAGAAAAGUCAAAACUAACCCUUCUCUAUUAUAAAAAGAAGAACUUAGCAACAUUAACGAAGGCUUAUAAAACAUGCAAAGCAAAAUAUUUAAUAGCUAAAGAUCAAGUAAUCCUUUUGAAAGGAUUGCUAAAUUGAAAAUAAAUAUUUCAAAAAAAACUAAUAGAAAGAUUUCACCUUUUCACAGAUGCUCAGAAGUAUUGUAGCAAACCUAAUCUAAAUCUAACUCUCCAUAUAGUGAAAUAUCUUCUAAAAUUGCUUUCAAUAUCCUCAGUUUGAAGAAGUUUUUUUAAAGUGAAUCAAGAGUUUUUAAGUACAUGAAUAAGCUUUUGUAGAAUAGACAAAAAUGUAUGAGAUUAAUUUUCAUUAAGAGUGAAAAAAAACAAGAAGUGUUUGAUAAUGUAUCCAUUAUAGAAGCUAAUAUAAAAUAAUCAAUCACUUAAUUUGAAAUGCAAAAAAAAAGUGAAAUUAUGUAAAUCAGAUAAGCUUUCGAAGAGUCUGUCAUCUAUAUAGAACCCUAGUAACUGAUGAAAGAAUUACAGAUUUUUUAUGAAGAUCUAGAAAAUUUAUGUUUACAUAAGAUGAAAGACAAAGUAGUAAGAGCGUUUGAAGCUGUUAAUUUUUAAGAAUAAAGGGUACAAGAAAAUAUAAUUAGUAUGUAAAAACAGCAAAAAGUAGUCCCCUUAUAAUUUUAGAAAAGAAAGUACCUCUACAUGAACCAAAACAUACUUUAUAUGCCAGAAAAGCUUGAAUUUAAUGAAAAAUCACUUGGUGAAUUCAAUUUGAUCAGCUAAGAAGCCAGAAUGAUUUAAAAAGAAAUAGAAAAUAAUUUAUGUAAAUUGAAACAAAUAGAUAGAGAGUUGCGCAACCCUUAUAGAAAAUAAAUAUAUGACUCAUCUAAAAACUGA